UAAGUUGGCAGUCCGCAUAUGAAUUCCGCGGCAUUUAGUUAUUUUUGUUUUUUGUUUAUUUAUUUUUUUUAAUUGUAUAUAAUAGUUAAUAACAAAUUUUAUUCAAAUUUUGUGCAAUGGCUUUCUCGCAGUCUUUUGACUUUGGCGAGAGCACAUUUAUGAACUUGGAGAAUGAUGUGAAGAGCACUACAAACAACGGAGGAAACGUUAAGCCGAAUGGAUUGGAAAUUAUACAAGAGUCGCCGCCAACCUUUAAAACCAAGUCGCAGCGCAUUACAAAUCGGUCGAGUGUUUCACAACGUCAACAUUUCCGACGUAGCAAAUCCGAUACCAAGAUAGGCACAACGUCGAGAGUUCCCAAUGCCAGCUGUGAGCAAUACUCCGACUACUUUAAAGAUGACUUUUCGUAUGAUAAAAUGGAGGUAAAGACUAAUCGAAAGGAUCUGGAGCAGCCAACGAAAGCAGAGGAGUCUUUAAUGCGUGUGUCGCAAAUCCAGGCCGAUCUGGAAGAGGCAGGAUUAUUUGAAGACGGCACUGAGGAUGUUUUUGAAGCACAAAUCUGCUCAGAAGAUGUCUUCGGUACCGAAACUGAACCAGAAACAGAACCUAUAAAGAGCAGAAGCAAUUCGCCCAUUAAAUUAAUGGAGAAUCUCGAUGAAAGCAGCUUCCUCUGCCCAGCAAGAGAUGCGCAGGCUUCACAACAACUGCAACAGGAUUUACGACGUAGUCAUUGUGAGUUGACCAAACAAAGUAUCUAUCAAAGCCAAGAAGUCGCACUAAAAUCAACGCAGAACUUGAGUAGUAUGUCACCAAGUCAACUACGUCUCUCCCCCAACAGUCCCGCAAACGUAAGUGAACCAGCCCCAAUUUUAGAUUUGAAUGCACUUAAGCUAAUCUCGGCCUGGAAUCUGCCGCACAGUGUGCUCAACGAGUACAAAAAGAAGGGCGUCUUGCAGAUGUUCGACUGGCAGGUGGAAUGCCUCAGCAAUCCAAAAGUGCUCUUCGAACACUCAAAUCUUGUUUAUUCCGCUCCUACAUCAGCGGGCAAAACGCUGGUCAGUGAAAUCUUGUUGCUAAAAACUGUGCUGGAGCGCAGCAAGAAGGUGCUACUCAUUCUGCCCUUUAUCUCAGUAGUGCGCGAGAAAAUGUUCUAUCUGCAGGAUUUGCUGACACCCGCUGGUUAUCGCGUCGAAGGUUUCUUUGGAGGCUACACCCCACCCGGUGGCUUCGAGAGCAUCCAUGUGGCCAUCUGCACUAUUGAGAAGGCCAAUUCCAUUAUUAACAAGCUGCUGGAGCAGGGUAAACUCGAUGAGAUUGGCACGAUUGUAGUGGACGAGGUGCAUCUCAUAUCGGAUGCAGGGCGUGGCUAUAUCUUGGAGCUGCUGCUGGCUAAGGUGCUGUACAUGUCACGCAAGAAUGCUCUUCAAAUCCAAGUGAUUACCAUGUCCGCCACAUUGGCGAAUGUGCAUCUCCUGCAGCAUUGGCUAAACGCUGAGCUCUACGUGACCAACUAUCGUCCUGUGGCGCUGCAAGAGAUGAUCAAGGUGGGCAACAAGAUCUAUGACAAUCAGUUGCGUUUCAUGCGCGACAUUAGCCGCAUGUCGGCGGUGCCGCCACUUGGCAACGAUAGCGAUCAGGUUGCACAGUUGUGCAUCGAAACGCUGCUCGAGGGCUGCUCCGUUGUUGUCUUUUGCCCCUCGAAGGAUUGGUGCGAAAAUCUGGCGGUGCAGCUGGCCACAGCAAUGCAUGCACUAAUCAAAAGCGACAGCAGCGUGGCGAAGCAACUGCGUUCGCAUCUCAACACGGAAGCUAUUGAGGAUGUGAAGCGGCAACUACGGGAUAUUCCAACGGGUCUCGAUGCGGUCUUGUCCAAAGCGAUUACAUAUGGCUGCGCCUUUCAUCAUGCUGGACUUACCACUGAGGAGCGAGACAUUGUGGAGGCCAGCUUUAAAGCAGGCGCCUUGAAAGUCAUUGUCGCCACCAGUACUUUGAGUUCAGGAGUUAAUCUACCAGCACGACGCGUGCUCAUACGUUCACCCUUGUUUGGCGGCAAGCAGAUGAGCUCCUUGACCUAUCGGCAGAUGAUUGGUCGUGCAGGACGCACUGGCAAGGAUACUCUUGGCGAGUCUAUACUAAUCUGCACAGAGAGCAAUGCACGCAUGGGCAAGGAGCUAGUGACGGCUCAAUUAAAGCCAAUUAGAUCCUGCCUGGACAUGGAUAGCAGCACGCAUCUCAAGCGAGCGUUGCUCGAAGUCAUUUCGUCUGGUGUGGCGAGCACCAGAGAGGACAUUGAUAACUUUGUCAAUUGCACACUGCUAAGUGCUCAGAGUUCAUUGGGUGAGGAGCAAGCGCAAGAGGAACAGCAGCACGAGGACGAUUCAAAUCAUAUUAACGAUGCCUUGGAUUUCCUCAUCGAAUAUGAGUUUGUACGCCUGCAAACAGAUGAGGAAGCGGACAAGCAGAACUAUGUAGCCACAAGACUAGGCACGGCCUGCUUAGCUUCAUCGAUGCCACCAACCGAUGGUCUAAUUCUCUUUGCCGAGCUGCAAAAGUCACGUCGAUGUUUUGUGCUUGAAUCAGAGCUACAUGCUGUUUACUUGGUGACGCCUUAUUCCGUAUGCUAUCAGCUACAAGAUGUUGACUGGUUGCUCUAUCUGGACAUGUGGGAGAAACUUAACCCGGCCAUGAAAAAGGUUGGUGAGCUGGUGGGCGUCAAGGAGGCGUUCCUGGUGCGUGCUAUGCGCGGACAAACAAAGCUGGACUACAAACUAAUGCAGAUCCACAAACGCUUCUACACAGCCUUGGCACUGCAGGAGCUGGUCAACGAGACGCCCAUCAACGUGGUGGCCCACAAAUUCAAAUGUGGCCGCGGUAUGCUUCAAAGUCUUCAGCAGAUGGCCUCAACAUUUGCUGGCAUUGUGACUGCAUUUUGCAACUCGUUGCAAUGGUCGACACUUUCCCUGGUUGUCUCACAGUUCAAGGAUCGCUUGUACUUUGGCAUACAUCGAGAUCUUAUCGAUUUGAUGCGACUGCCAGACUUGAGCCACAAACGGGCUAGAGCGCUUUACGAUGCGGGUAUCACGAGCCUUGUGGAGCUGGCUAACGUCGAUAUGCUAGCUCUGGAGCAGGUGCUGUUCAACUCCCUAAGCUUUGAUUCUGCCAAGCAGCAUGAUAAUGAAAAUGCUCUUGAAGCUGAGCAACGGAAUUCAGCAAGAAACUUCUUCAUAACAGGGAAAGCUGGCAUGACAGUCGCGGAAGCUGCUAAAUUUCUCAUUUCCGAGGCGCGACAGUUUGUACAAUAUGAAAUUGGUGUUGGAAAUAUACAGUGGACACAAGAAAAGGCAAAUACCAAGGCCGAUACAAGUUCUAUACCAAAAGAUACUAGUGCGAGAGUCGAGGAAAUUCAUAUGUCAGUGGAAGAGGAAAAGCUGCAGAGCUCCCUCAAACGCAAGUCUACAGAGAGCGUAGAGUCGCCACGCAAAGUGCGCAAGCUUAAUCCCGAAGUAACUGAAUCCAAUAAAUUGCAGAAGAUUGCCAAGGAGAGUGUAAGGGUGGACAUGAAUACUGCAGCCAAAUUGAAGCAGUCUAAUUCUAGAGAGCCACAGGAACACUCUAAAAAGACUACACAAAGCAAUAAGCCCGAUGACUUGCCCAGCAUUGGACUGAAUAAACCUCUAGAAAAGUAUAAGAAGAGCGAGCAAAUAGUCAAAGUUGAAGCCAAUAAGUUGCACACGAUGACAAUAAGCAAACCUCUGGAAAAGACUAAGGAAAGUGUUCCACUAAGGGCUGAAGCAAAGAAAGAAACUCAUCAGAAUCCUUCAGUGAAUUCAUCAUCAAAAGUAGCCCCAUUAAAGGGAAGUAUAUCAGCUCCAAGACCAAUUACAAUGAACAAACCUCCGCAGCAGAGCCCACAAAUAAAAACAGACCCAAAGAAAGAAGAAAUAACGAAGCCUGAACAGACUGUUCCAAGGGUUUCCACCCCAAAGCCUGCACAAGUCGCAAGCACUCCAUCAACAAAAACCCCAUUUUCAGAACAUAAUCGAAUCGACUCAAUUGUCAAACCUACAGUAGAAACGGUAGAGAAACCUAGCACAAGCGAAGCCUGCCGCAAAGAGCUGUUGAAAAAGCAAAUGGAGGAGCGACGACUCGAAGCAAUGAUGAAAAUCAACAAGCGUCGCGCCGAAAUGGAAAAUAUACGGCAAGGAUUGCCCAGUAAAACUCCAAUGGAGACGAUAGCUGGUGCCACGCCGCCAAUGCCAAAGAUUAACAGCAAUAAAGAGAACAAUGUUGAGAACAGGCAAAGUACAGGAUUCAAGACACCAAUCAGCAGCAAUGUCAACACAACACCAAUCAGAGCAAAGACUACGCAGAACACUAAAAGCAACAGCAAUAGCAAAAACAAGACGCCAACGCAACUACCACGACGUAGUCCAAGAAAUCAUCAGGGUUCCAAUACCCCGACGGCACCCAGUCAACCAAACAAAUCAUCUGCUGUUGAGCAGGAUCUAUUUACGGGAGAUGACUCCUUUAUGCUGAGCACAGGUCUCACAGCAGCACUCGAUGCGGUCGAUAACAAGCCACAAGCGGAUGCAGAUGAGAUACCUAGCUCUCAGCCAAAGGAGUCGAACAACAGUCGCAUGCUUACGCCGCAUUCUUCUCGCUUAAUGCGUUCCUAUCAGUUGCGUUCGGAGCGCAAGUCAGCGACACCGCAGCCACCACCACAAUCUGCAAAGCAGCAACCGCCGCCUGAGCCAGCAGAUGAACCAUCAUCGAAUACUGGCUCUUCUAUUGAGCUGUCCAACUUGUCGAUGGAAAACUCGCUAAUAAAGCAUCCGUUGCAGCUGAAUGCAUCGCAUAUCAUGAGCUGCUCCAAGACGGAGGAUAACGCAUCCAAUUUUAGCAGCAUCGACAUCAUUGACAUAUGCGGCAAUCGGCAAUUGUUUCAGCAGACCUUUGAGGAGCUGCACAAGGCGUCGCGCUGUGGUUUCAGCAUUGGAUUGCAGGCUCAGGCUGGCAAAAGAAAACCAUUGAUUGGUGCCAAUCUGUUGAUUAAUCAAGUGGCCGCAGCUGAACAACGCGCAGCUGCUGCUGGUACUGAGAUACUCUUCCAGGUGGACGACAGCUCGUUUGUGGCUGGUGUCGCCUUUAGUCUGGCUGACAAUGUUGUUUACUACAUGAAUCUACAAUCGGAAGAACCGCAUCUGAUCAGCAAAGACACUAAAGUGAAGGAACUGUGCAAAUUAUUGGAGCGACAGGAGCUGACAUUGCUAAUGCACGAUGGCAAGGAGCAGCUAAAGACACUGCGUCAUGCUGUGCCAGAAGUGCAUAAGAUUAGCGCCAGCCUGGAGGACCCCAAGGUGGGCAACUGGCUGCUGCAGCCCGACAGAACCCUAAGCUUUCAAAAUAUGUGCCAGCAGUUUGCGCCAGAGUGCACAGCGCUGUGCAAUCUUUGCGGCAGUGGACGUGGCUAUAGCAGCUAUGGACUAGAUGCAAGUAGUGCCAUAAUGCCCAAGGUGCGUGCCUCCAUCGAGGCCUGCAUCACGGUGCACAUACUCAAUGGACAGAUUGAAAAUUUGGAGCGCAUCGGAACAGGACAACUGCUCAAGUUCUUUAGAAGAGUUGAGAUGCCCAUACAGCUGUCGCUGGUCAACAUGGAAUGCGUGGGCUUUCCGGCCAAAGAGCAUCGAUUGCAGCUACUCUUUCAACAGAUGCUUGGCACAAUGAAGAAGCUUGAGAAUAAAAUCUACGAGUUACACGGCUCACGGUUUAAUUUGGGCGCAACGCAGGCUGUGGCCAAGGUGCUGGGUCUGCAUCGCAAGAACAACGGACGCUUCAGCACAUCUCGUCAGAUACUCGAGAAAAUAGACUCGCCCAUAUCGCAGCUGAUACUUCACUACCGCAAGCUAAGCAUGCUUCUCUCCAAAAACAUGCAACCGCUGCUCAAAUGCUCUCAGGCAAAUCGAGUGCAUGGUCAGAGCAUUACCUACACUGCCACUGGACGCAUAUCUAUGACGGAGCCCAAUCUACAGAAUGUGGCCAAGGACUUUGUAGUUGAAAUAAACAAAGAGAAGAUUAACAUCUCGUGUCGCAGCGCUUUUGCACCCAUGGAUCCAAAGCGUUGUCUCAUCUCGGCAGACUUUUGUCAACUAGAAAUGCGUAUAUUGGCACAUUUGUCGCAGGACAAAGCACUACUAAAGGUGAUGAACUCGCCGCAAGAUCUGUUCACAGCCAUUGCGGCGCAUUGGAAUAAGAUAGCUGAAUCGGAAGUAUCGGAGCAUCUACGUAACGGCACCAAACAGAUUUGCUAUGGCAUUGUUUAUGGCAUGGGCAUGCGCAGCUUGGCUGAAUCACUUCAGUGCACCGAACAAGAGGCGCAGAUGAUAUCCGAGCAGUUCCAUCUAACAUAUACUGGCAUUAGGGAGUACACAACGAGAGUUGUCAAGUUUGCCCGAAACAAUGGUUACGUUGAGACAAUAACAGGUCGUCGACGAUAUCUGGACCACAUCAAUAGUGGUGAACCGCAGUUAAAAAAACAAGCCGAGCGUCAAGCAGUCAAUUCAUCGAUUCAAGGCUCAGCUGCAGAUAUUGCCAAACAGGCGAUCUUAAGCAUGGAGAAGAGCAUUGAACGUUAUGGCCAGAAGCUUGGCUUGGCGGAGAAUGCUGUUAAUUUUGUGCUGCAUAUACACGACGAACUCAUCUUUGAGGUGCCCGUGGAGAAAGCAAAGAAAGUUGCAAAAAUUUUAAGUCUCACAAUGGAGAAUUGUGUGAAAAUAAAUGUACCGCUCAAAGUAAAACUCAGAAUAGGACGCAGCUGGGGUGAGCUGCAGGAAGUCAAAGUUUAGGAUU